AUGGACGCGCUAUACGACUCACAACCUUACCUUACACUAAAAGUGACGCGUCAAUCAGGUCCAAUAUCCAAAGAUAAAAAAGAUACCUCAACAGAGCCUAACAUCGGCAUCAAAGCUGAUCUAAAACCCUUUAACAUUACACAACCAACAAAAAUUUAUAUGAAAGAAAUUACCGAAAGUGAAGCGUCAUUCUCAGUAAAUUCAAGCGCAAACAAUACAACUGAUAAUAUCUACUUAGGUGCAACAUUUGAUAGCUAUUUCACUAUAACCAAUGAAUCAAGCCACUAUGUUCGAGAUGUAGGUUUAAAAGUAGAAUUAAUAACUUCUUCACAACGUUUAUUACUAGCCGAUAACACUGUGAAUGGGCAAAUUUCACUAAUGGAACCUGGUAAAGUCAAUGAAUUCGUUAUAAAACACGAAAUCAAAGAGUUAGGUGUCCAUAACAUAGUUUGUUUGUAUCAAUAUAUCACAAAUGAGGGUGAAAAAAGAUCUUUUAAAAAAUAUUAUAGAUUUCAUGUAUUAAAUCCUUUUGCUGUGAAAACUAAAGUUAAUAAUAUGGGUAACGGAACCGUUUUUUUAGAAGUGCAAAUACAAAAUGUUGCAGAAAGGUUUAUGUAUUUAGAAAGAAUGAAAUUUGAACCUGGCGAAGUAUUUGAUUAUCAAGAUCUGAAUUACGUUGUUAAAGACGAUAGAGAUGGUAGAGCGAAUGAGAUGGCAGAGAUUAAAGUGAAAAAGGCUGAUGAAAUUAAAGAAAAUGAUGUGUGUGAACUUACAGAAAAUGAUGUGUGUGAACCUACAGUUAUACCGCUGGAACGUGAAAGUAUAUUUGGAAAUAAUACUUAUCUUAAUCCUCAUGACAUUCGUCAAUAUUUGUACAUGCUAACACCAAAAUCUGGCAUAGAAGAUCGGAUAGCACGCACAUCAAAUGCGCUAGGAAAACUUGAUAUUGUGUGGAGAUCAAAUUUAGGAGAAACCGGCCGUUUACAAACAUCACAAUUAUCACGUAAAUCUCCGGUGCUCGAUGAAAUAGAAUUAUCAGUAACAACAAUUCCACCGUUGAUACAACUUGAAAUACCAUUUAAAUUAGGAUGUCGAAUUAGAAAUCGAACAACAUCAACAUUUAAAAUAUUAAUAUCAGCGAUAAAGAAUAAAAUGGGAUCAGUUUUGUUGAGUGGACCAAGCAGCGAAUCAUUGGGUGAAUUAUUACCUGAUGGAACUAUUGAUUUUAGCUUAGAAUUCUUCCCGUUAAGUCCUGGCUUGCAAAGAGUUGGCGGAUUAAAGGUUUCAGAUAUGAUAUCUGGAUAUACAAAAGAGAUUGAUCAUUUUACUGAUGUUUUUGUCCUGUUUUCUCAGUGA